UGUUUGCUUGUUCCGGGCUCUGGCGGCUUUUCCAGUUCAGCGCGGGCGAGCGGCAGAGGUGGAGAUGGCAGCCGCCCUGCAGCGCGUGGAACGGCUGUCCAGUCGGGUGAUUCGCGUCCUGGGCUGUAACCCGGGCCCCAUGACCUUGCAGGGCACCAACACCUACCUGGUGGGGACCGGGCCCAGGAGAAUCCUCAUUGACACUGGAGAACCAGCAAUUCCAGAAUAUAUCAUCUGUUUAAAGCAGGCCCUGACAGAAUUUAACACAGCAAUCCAGGAAAUCAUAGUGACCCAUUGGCACCGUGAUCAUACCGGAGGCAUAGGAGAUAUUUGUAAAAACAUCAAUAAUGACAGUACAUACUGCAUUAAAAAACUCCCACGGAAUCCUGAGAGAAAAGAAACUAUAGGAGAUGGAGAGCAACAGUAUGUUUAUGUGAAAGAUGGAGAUGUGAUUAAGACUGAAGGCGCCACGCUAAGAGUUAUAUACACACCUGGCCACACUGAUGAUCAUAUGACCCUACUUUUAGAAGAGGAAAAUGCUCUGUUUUCUGGAGAUUGCAUCCUAGGGGAAGGAACAACCAUAUUUGAAGACCUCUAUGAUUAUAUGAGCUCCCUAAAAGAGUUAUUAAAAAUCAAAGCUAAAGUUAUAUAUCCAGGACAUGGCCCAGUAAUCCAUAAUGCCGAAGCUAAAAUUCUACAAUACAUUUCUCACAGAAAUAUCCGAGAACAGCAAAUUCUUACAUUACUUCAUGAGAACUUUGAAAAGUCCUUCACAGCAAUGGAUCUUGUAAAAGUUAUUUACAAGGAUACUCCUGAGCAUUUACAUAAAAUGGCCGAACAUAACAUCUUACUUCAUUUGAAAAAAUUAGAAAAGGAAGGAAAGAUAUUUAGCAACAUGGAUCCUGAGAAGAAAUGGAAAGCUCAUCUUUAGUUUCAGCUUAAAGAAAGAUUUUGUUGUUUUGUUUUUAGAGAACGGUAUGUUUUGUUAACUAUUCAUUAUUUACAGAGAAUAUACCGUGUGGAACAUUGAAAAUCCUAAAUAUACUUUAAAAUAACAUCAUACUUAUUCUAAAGUAUGUAAAUUACAUUUUACACCUAUAAUAUUAGCUAUUUGUCUCACCUAGGUCUUAUAACAUUUUACCAAAAAUUCAAAAUCCAACAGUUUAUCCAUUUUCAAUGCAUAAAAUAAGUUUCUUUUAAAAUAA